UCAGAACAGAACAGAACAGUGCCAGAAUUAAACAUACAGAUGUAUAAUUUAUUACAACCAUUCAGAGCUUCCGGGUUCCGGAUAUCGGAAAAAGUAGGACACGUGCGGCAUUGACAACAACAACAUUGACAUUGAAAAAAAUAUGUAAUUAUAAGGACUUGAAAUAUGUCAUCAUCCAAGUAUGCCCAGCGUAUGGCAAGGCUCUCUGCCAGAAUAUUUGGAGAGGUUGCUAGACCGACAGAUACGAAAUCUAUGAGAGUGGUAAAAAUAUUUUCUGGAAAGCCGGCACAUUUAGAUCCAAAUAUUGUGGAUUAUUAUCCUCGUCACAGAGAAUUAAAACAACUUAUGGACGGCCUUAGAGCUCAUGGUUUAUUCAGGGAUGAACAUGAAGAUUUUAAAGAUGAAAUGAGAAAAAGACGAGAGGCUAGAGGGAAAAAAAGAAUAUGUGCCCUAUCAUCUCCCGGGGGAAAAAGGAGGGCGAAGGAAAAUAAAAAAUAACAGGUGCUGCUUUUGUGAUAAACAUAUUCUUGUCUUAGAGUGAUCAUCUACUGAACUGUCAUAAAGUGGUUGAGGCUGGAACCUUUCCUAGAUUAUUAGGAUAAACCCGAAGUUGAAUAAGGACAUCAUAUAUUGCUGAGAAAGUUGUUGAAGGUACAUUUCUUCUGUCUUGAAAACCGUCAAGUUUAAACAUUGGAAAGUAUCAUGGGAAAGUUUUGAUGGGAAAGAUGUGAUUGUAUGAUUGUUUAGUUAGUGACUGUAUUUACUUGUGCUUUAUACAGUUCCUUUUUUUAAAAAUGUAAAAUAAAGAUAUAAACGGGUUAUAUGUAUUUGUAAGACUCGUUGAUUAAAUGAGAAUUGAAGAA